AUGGCGGACGACUCCCCGUGGGUCGCGGCCGGGAAGGAUCCGGAGGAUGUCGAGGCGGUGAUGCCGAUCGAGGGCGAGACGGGCUCGCCAUCGCGAUCCCCCGCACGCGCUUCUUCUGCGUCGGCGGCGUCGUCGUCUCCGUCCGCCGCCUCGUGGUUGGAUAGGAGGGAUGAGGCGGAAGGUGAGCUCGUGGAGCGCUCCGCUUCGGAAGGGGGAUCCAACGUCGACUGCCACGGCGACGAGGGGGAUUCCAAUGGGGAUUCCCAUCACCUUUUCGCCGCGGUUUCGCGCGAGCAGGAGGUGGAGGCGAAGGAGGAAAAGACCAACGAGGAGGGAUCGACGUCGGAGGCGUUGCUGCGCAAACGUUCGAGGGAGGAAAGUGGGGAUCGGGCGGAAUCCGACGUCCCACGGCGUUGCCGAGAACCAAGAGGAGAGGAACCGGAAAGCGAGGGAAAAUGA